UCAAUAUAGCGACAAUUCAGGAUGAUAGCUUGCUUUACGCUAUUAACUCGGGGGACAAUCAAAGUUCCACAAAUGACAACAAAAGUGACAAAAGCACUCUGACCUUUGAUCCGCUUUUUAUUCUUCAUAAAGGUCUCGCUCGGACUGUAUCUCCAUUUCAAAUCUGUCAGGGGAUCCUGCAUGCUCAAUAUGCAUGCCCCCCUUACUUCAGAGAGCUUUAUAAAGCCCGCUUGGGUCAGUGGCAUAGUCAAAGCCGUUGCAGACAGGGACACAGGAACCUAAUUGCGGCACAACAGAAGUAAUUGGCUCUCUCUGCUUUGAUUUCCUUAGGGUCCUUACUAUGUGGAAAGUUGUGCUUCUGGCGCUAUGUCUGCUUGCAAAUGAAGUUCAGCCUAUGGACCAUCCAAUUUACGGCGUCAAGCUCUGCGGUCGGGAGUUCAUCCGAUCAGUCAUCUUCACUUGUGGCGGUUCACGAUGGAGACGCUCGCUCAGAACUUCAGCGGAAGACCUAUUGGACUCCCAUCAAGAGUCUUCGGAGGAAUUGAGUCACAAUCCUGUGAUGGAGACUAUACUCCACAGAAACAGAGAUCUUGAUUUCACAUCAAAUGAAAACCAUGACGGAAUCUUCAGCCGGCCAACUCGUUCUUUUAUCACCGAAGAGAUUCUUGAAGCCCUGAGGAAGGCGGAUCGCAAGGGCCGGGAAGUGGUUUUGGGUCUUUCCAAUGCGUGCUGCAAGUGGGGCUGCAGCAAGAGUGAAAUCAGUUCCCUUUGCUGAUUUGCAGAAUUUUGUUGUAUAUUAUUGAAAUUAAACACACACCUAUGU